AUGAUCACAAACAUCCAAGACACAAACGCAAUUAGCCUUCAUUGUAUAGACGACUACACAUCAAAAAACAGAGGCGAGUCCUUUCACCGGUGCACUUUAACAGUAAGUGGUCAGGGGAAUUGUAAUCGCCAGGUGACCAUCGAAGAAUUGAUUCGGUUGUAUCCAAAGCUUAUUCCAGCACAAGGCGAAGACCAUGACAUAUGGGUUGAUGUCUGUGGAAAUAACCAAGAAGACUUGGUGAAAAUUGGAGAAUUGUUUCACAUUCAUCCUCUUACUGUGGACGAUUGGCUCUCCGAUAUCCCACAAAGUAAGUCAACAAUAUUUGAAACGUACUACGAAGUAUCAGAUAAAGAGUUGGUGUACCUUCCUGAUACAAAUGUGUUAGAUACCAUUUCUGUGAAUAUAACAAUGAGAGAUACAUUUGUCUUGACGGUACACCCAAAGCCUUUAUUUGCAAUCAGAAGAGUAAUGGACAAAGUGUUGUUGCAUUACUCUGAUGCACUUCCAAGUGCACAAUGGGUGAUGUAUGCAAUUUUAAUUGAUAUUAUCAAGGGAUACAAAUCAAAUAUGGAUGCCAUUGAAAACGACUUGGAUUCGGUCGAUAAAUUGGCAGAGUUUAGCAUCACAACAGACCAAAACGCACUUCUGGCAAGACUCGUCAAUUUGAAGAAAAGAGCAAGCAACUUGGAUUAUCAAAUCACACCCAAAAGAGCACUUUUAAAAUAUUUAAUCAAAACACCAACACCAAAAAUUAGUAAAAUGGUCAAAAUUUAUUUGAGAGACGUUUUGGAAGAAGCAGCAAGCACGGUAAAAAGAGUCGAUUUUGUGAAUGAUAAAAUCGACGAUUUAACAAAGACGUUUAUGUCAAGAAUGACAUUGGACUCGUUCAGAGUUAAUAGAAACCAAGAGGAAUUGAUGAAGAAAUUUGCGAUAAUAACGACGUUGUUCACACCACUAAUAUUUGCAUCAACUGCUUUCGGGAUGAACGUAGUAGUCCCUGGUCAGAAUUAUGAAAAUCUGUGGAUGUUUGGAGGGUUUUAUUUCUUGAGUUUUUUGUGGAUGAUAGCCGGGAUGUUGUAUUUUAAAUUCACUCGAUGGGUGUGA